AUGGCGCAGAGGGCAGGACAGAAGAGAAAGGUGGUUGAGGUCCCGCGACCACAGCCUGAUCCGCAAGAGGAGGACGAGCUGGACGCCGUAGCUCUCAAUGGAGCGCUCGAGGACAACGACAGUGAAGAAGAGAGCGAGGGCAGCGAAGAGGCUGGGCUUGAUGAGGAUGAGGACGAGGACGAGCUGGAAGACGAUGAGAUAGAGAGCGACGAGAUCCCAUCAUCGGAGGACGAGGAAGACGUUCGGGCGCAAGUCGACAAGCUCAGGACCAACGACAGACCCAACACACCACCCGCGAAGCUGAUGGGCAGCGAUACCGCAAAGGAUGUCAGCUCACUAUCACCAGAAACUCCAAUGAAGCAGCUGGGACAGGAAGGUAGAAAGCGGAAACAACUCCUCAGAACGGAGGUGGAUGCCAAUGGUGAACCACGGUAUAUCUACAACGAGAUUGAACCCAACUACGACUCCGACGACUCCGACUUCCUUGUGCCUACCAACACAAUCGGCAACAUACCUCUGUCAUACUACGACGAGUACCCUCACAUCGGCUACGACAUCAACGGGCGUCGGAUCGCACGGCCUGCGAAAGGCGAGGCGCUCGACUCGCUGCUGGACAGCAUAGACAUUCCUGAAGGAUGGACUGGCCUCACUGAUCCGAACACUGGAAAGCCCAUGCAACUCAGUGGUGAUGAUCUUGAAGUACUCAAGAAGCUCACACGUAAUGAAGCUCCUGGCGAAGGCUACGACCCGUACCCUGACAUGGUCGAGUACUUCACUGGCAAAGGAAUGGAGAUGACCAUGCCGUUGUCUGCCGCACCCGAGCCCAAGCGGCGUUUCGUCCCGUCUAUGCAUGAGCACAAGCGUGUCAUGAAGAUGGUGAAGGCGAUCAAGGAGGGGAGGAUAAGACCCUACCGAGCACCGACUGAAGAAGACAAGGAGCAGGAUGAUGCUGAGCAGGACUUCGCUUCGUACGACAUCUGGUCGAACGAGAUCCCACGUCCGGACCAUCCAAUGAACGUGCCUGCACCGAAGCUGCCACCACCGGGAUACGAGGAGAGCUACCAUCCACCACCAGAAUAUCUGCCUGACAAACAGGAGAAGGAAACGUGGGAGACGCAGGACGAGGAAGACCGAGAGCGGGAUUUCCUGCCCCAAGACCACUCCGCAUUGCGACGAGUACCUGGGUAUGCAAAGUUCGUCAAAGACAAGUUUGAGAGAUGUCUUGACCUGUACCUUGCGCCCCGAGUCAGACGAAGCAAGCUCAACAUCGACCCCGAAAGUCUUUUGCCCAAGCUACCCGAUCCCAAUGAGCUGCGACCGUUUCCAUCCAUCUGUACGGCAAUGUUCAAAGGGCAUGACGGCCGGAUACGCAGCCUCAACAUUGAUCCGCAGGGCAGGUACUUGGCGACUGGAGGAGACGAUGGUACCGUCAGAGUAUGGGAGCUCCAAACCGGCAAACAGUUGCGGCGGCUCAGAUUAUCUUCGUCAGAGGCAGUCAAUCAAGUCUCCUGGCAGCCAUCACGCGAGACGUGUAUCAUUGCUGCCUGCUGCGGUGAGAAUGUCCAAUUCAUCAUUCCACAAGGCGACAUCUGCAACCCGCAGCAGGACCGCCGUAGCAGAGAGGUGCUCGACUCAGGCUUCGGCUACGCCACCUCAAACCCGUCAAAGACCGCCGCCGGCGUCGACAAGCCCUCCUCCGCCAACUGGCUCCGGCCCUCCACCACCCUGCAAGAUAAAGGCGUCCUCCUAACCCUCACACUCCGCUCUACCCCAAAAACCCUCGCCUGGCACCGUCGCGGCGACUACUUCUCCACUGUCUCGCCCUCCACAGCCGCCACCUCCACCGCCGUUGCGAUCCACACCCUCUCCAAACACCAGACCCAGCACCCCUUCCGGCGCCUCAAAGGCCUCGCGCAAACCGUCUGCUUCCACCCUUCCAAGCCCCUUUUCUUCGUCGCCACUCGCCAACGCGUCCGCGUCUACGACCUCCAGCAACAGCGUCUCGAGAAGGAACUCCAGCCUGGCGCGCAAUGGAUUUCCGACAUAAGCCUGCACCCGCUCGGCUCGAACUUGCUGGUAUCAUCAUACGACAAACGACUGCUAUGGCACGACCUCGACCUAGCAGCUACACCGUACAAAACUCUCCGAUACCACAGCAAGGCUAUCCGAAGCGUCAAAUUCCACCCUAGCUUGCCGCUCUUCGUGGACGGGAGUGACGAUGGCACUCUGCAAGUCUUCCAUGGGAAUGUGAUGGGCGAUAGUUUGGAGAACGCGACGGUGGUGCCGUUGAAGGUGCUGAGGGGCCAUAAGGUGGUGAAGAAUUUGGGCGUGUUGGAUGUCGAGUGGCAUCCAAGGGAGGCGUGGUGUGCUCUUUCGGGGUACAUGUAG